AUGUUUGAUGAAACUACAAAUUCUAUCGCCUGUCGAAAAUAUUUGAUGGGAGGGGGAAAACGUUUAUGGCAACUUUGGACUGGGACUUUUUUGGAGAAUGAUGAUGAACUUUGUUUGUUUUAUGCUCAAAAAGGUUCAUUCUUUUGUGAUAUUCUCAAACCGCUGUUUUUAAAUUUUGUAAAGGCAAUCCCUCACUCGGAAAACAUUACUGCGCUUGACUUUUUCAUUAAAGACGAAAAGAAUUUUUUUAUUUUGAGUGGUUCUCUUGAUAGAAGAAUUGUUUGCUCCAAUUUUAAUGAAGAUCAAGAAUUUAAAAUUAAUUCUUCUGUUCAAAUGCAUCGUUCAAGUGUGGAGACAAUUUGUGUUUUACAAGAAAAUUCAAAUUUUUUGGUGUUAAGCGGUGGGGGACGUUCAGAAUUGUUUUGUUGGGAAUUGAUUUUUGGAGGUUUUUUAAAUUAAUUUUAACCUCGAUUUUAACUAACGUCAUUUUAAGAUUAUCCUCAAAGUUUUACUCACAAGUG